AUGAGAGCUUUGUCUAUUUUCUCGCUCCCGCUGCGCCGGGUCACCACUCGUCAACCAUGGACCUGCUCCGAAUGUCGCGCCGGCCCGUUGACGCAGAAAUGUAGCCGGGCAUCAGCACAGCAGCAACGAUUCGGCAACACCGCCGCCCGCGGAUUCUCGUUGACGAGCACAAAGGCCGCAGCUGCAAGGGCGGCAUCGAAGAACGGCAGCGGUCGGAAGGGUGGUCGCGUGUGGCUCCUUGCUUCGGGUGGCGGCGCUGCGGCAGCGGGUGCGCUUGCCUUCACCGACGAUAUCAAGCACGGCUACGAAGCGGCGGAACGCGCAGGUCGGGUCGCUGCCGCGCUCGCAGUGUGUAUCAACGAUUACCGAACGACUCUCAACCAGAAGGAAAAUAUCGAGGACCCCGAACUGCAGUCUAAGAUCCUGAAAGACUGCCACCAGCGAUGCGCCGAUCGAACAUUGAAGGUCUUGGAGAAAAAUGGCGGCAUCUUCAUCAAGCUGGGCCAACACCUUAGUGCAAUGAACUACCUCCUCCCGCAAGAGUGGACGAACACAUUCAUUCCCCUACAGGACAAGUGCCCCGUAUCGUCCUUCGAAUCGAUUGAGGAUAUGUUUCGGAAGGAUAUUGGCAAAGAGCUCUGGGACUAUUUCUCCGAAUUCUCGAACGAACCGAUUGGCGCCGCGUCUCUUGCGCAGGUACAUACUGCAACCGUGAAGGAAACGGGCAUGCCGGUGGCCGUCAAAGUGCAGCACCCUGGCCUCGGCCAGUGGUCCCAACUGGACCUGGCCCUGACCCGAUUCACUUUCUCGACUCUCAAGCGUUUCUUUCCCGAAUACGACCUUGAAUGGUUGUCCUCAGAGAUGGAUGUUUCGUUGCCGAAGGAACUCGACUUUAGGGAGGAGGCUCACAAUGCCAACCGCACAAGGGAGCACUUCGUCAAACUGCCGGAGCACCCGCUGGUUGUCCCGGAGGUUCUCUGGGCAAAGGAGCGCAUCCUGGUUAUGGAGCGACAGUCAGGACACCGACUGGACGAUCUCGAGUACCUAGACUCCAACGGUAUCGACCGGGACGAGGUCUCUGCUUGUCUCGCGCGCAUCUUCAACGAGAUGAUCUUUGGCCAUGACGCCCCUCUGCACUGCGAUCCCCACGGUGGAAACCUAGCGAUCCGCAAGAACGAGUCCCGGCGCGGUCUCCGCGGCGGACACAACUUCGACAUCAUUCUUUACGACCACGGCCUCUACCGCGACAUCCCGCGCGAUCUCCAGCGUUCCUACGCCAAGAUGUGGCUCGCCGUCAUCGACGGUGACAUGAAGCGCAUGCGCAAGUACGCCAAGGAAGUCGCCAAUAUUAACGAUGAGCAGUUCCCCCUGUUCGCCUCGGCCAUUACAGGCCGUGACUGGAGCGUCCUCAACAGCGAGGGCUCCGUUCUGCAGACCCGCACGGCGGACGAGAAGAAGGAGAUGGGCGACGCGCUGCAGGAGGGGUUGAUUGUCGACCUCGUCCAGCUGCUUGGCCAGGUCCCGCGCAUCAUCCUCCUUAUCCUCAAGACCAACGACCUCACCCGCAGCCUCGAUGAGAACCUGCACACCCGUCAGGGCCCUAUCCGCUCCUUCAUGAUCCUCGCCCGUUACUGCACACGUACUGUGUUUGAGGAGCAGCUUGAGGACUUGAAGCGCCGCGGCUCGCUGCUGUGGCCGCCAAACACUAUCCGCCUCGUCUCGGCAUGGAUCGGCUUCUGGAGGGUCGAGGUCAAGCUCGGUGCCUUUGAGCUAUUCUUGAGUGUCAAAAGGAUGCUUGGAUUAAAGACGGUGGCGUUUCCUGCUCCAGGAAUAUGA